GAAAAGAAAAGAAAAAACAGGAAAUUAUGGAUUUCUGUAAGAAGACCGUCCACUCUUUUCUAAGCUUGUCCAGCUCCAAUGACGAACCGUGGAGGAGAGAACCCCCCACCCUCCGCCGGAGUAUCUCCUUACCCACCGGCAGCCUUUGCCUCCUAGCUGGUGAUAUGGGAAAGCCCCUUAAUCCCACGCCCACCACCACCGUUGCCCAUGACAAUAAACAGUCGGAAGAGAUUGGGUUUCUUCAUAAUGAUGCCGUCAAUGGUGGUCUGGAUAGGUUGACGUCGUGCACGGAGAGUUUGGGGUUCGAGAGCUUGGAUGAGAGAGUUAACGAUUACGAUAUGCAUAUCCAGGAGCCCUCUAGGUUUGUUGCUAGAUCGCCGGCACCACGGUGGAGGAAUACGGCGGAGAAGUUUAGGAGCAAGAGUAUGAAAUACCCACCACCUUUGACUUCCUUGAGCAUGAACGGCCAACCUACUUUCUACCUCAAGCCGGUGAGGAAGGACGGAAGAUUGGAGCUCACUGAGGUUAAGAUCAACCGUCCAGAGAUUCUCGUGGCUUCCCGUCAAGAUGGUCGGUUGAGGUUGCAGUUUAUCAAACCGGAACCCAUCGAUCAAGAGGAGGAGAUGGUGGAAGAACAGAACGAAGAGGAGGAGGAGGAAAAGGGAGAAGCGGAGGAUGAAGAAGUGAAGGACGACGAAGAUGAAGAGGAGAUUAAAGAAGAAGAAGAAGAAGGAACAAAAGAUGGGGAGAAGAGUUGUAUUGGGCAAUGGCAAUUUCCGGUUGGGAGUGGAGAAGGUUUUCGAAGAUGUAACAAAGAAAUCAACUAUCACCGACACCGACACCGACACCACCACCACCAGGUGGAGCAACACCUGCCCCUCGGAGCCACCAUUGCGUGACGACCAGGUGAAGUGUCUGCACGUAUUUUGGAGGACAAGAGGGGUAAAGAAACAACGUCAUCAUCUUUUCACUAGACCACAAUGAACAAUCUCCUCUCUUUGCUAAAUUUAGCCGACAAACCAGCAAAUACAGAAGAAAGGAUCAGGCUAAAAUUACCAGGGCUCGAGAAUAUGGUCUCCAUCUGGCGGCAAACGGUGGUGGAAUUCGAAUCCGACUUGAAAUGGUGGGUGGCUGCAUCCCCAUAAACAUCAAUCCAGAGCGCGGAAACAACAGACAGCAGUAGCCCAAGAAAGAAGAAGUUGCGACACCAAACAGUUUUUAAAGGCAUUCAUCGACCAAAUUUUGGGCUGCGCCGUCCGCGGCCCGGCACGACAGCACGCGGGUCGUGCCAGGCCUGGCUUGAUGGUCCAGACCGUGCUUGGCCUGGGGUUUCAGGUCUCCGGGCCGGCACUGCACGGCAUGACCAUAUCGCCUGUGGCCCACAUACCGGCACAGUCUAUAACGGGCAGGUUGCGCUCGGCCCGCUUGAUGAACUAGUUAUA